CUGCAACAGCAGCAGCACAGCUCCUACUCCCGUCUCCCCCCCAGUCCCUCCCUACUCUGUCUCGAUCUCCAAACGGAGAUGUCAGACUGUCUGCACAAUGGCAGCAGCACAUAGGAAAGUGUCGGGCUACCUUUGUGCUAGAGCCUGAUCAUCACAGGAGGGAGAAGGAGCCCAAGAUGAAGACACUGCUGCGCCAUGGGUUGGCAGUGUUCUUAGCACUCAGCACCUUGUUGAUCAUGUACAGCAGCAUGGGCAGUGAGAAGGAUCAGAAAUAUCUGCGUGGAACAAACAUCACAAGAGCAAGCAGACACAAGGAGUCCCUCUCUGACCCUGUCCUGGAGGGGUAUAUCAGCAUCUCAGACCACAAGCCCCUGAAAAUGCACUGCAAGACAUGUGCGUUAGUAACCAGCUCUGGGCACCUGCUGGGAAGCAAACAGGGUAAUAAGAUUGACCAGACGGAGUGUGUAAUACGAAUGAAUGAUGCUCCCACAAGGGGUUAUGGACAAGAUGUUGGCAACAAAACAAGCCUUCGAGUGAUUGCACACUCCAGCAUUCAGAGGAUUUUAAGGAAUCGCAAUGAGCUCUUGAACAUGAGUCAGGGGACAGUAUUCAUCUUUUGGGGCCCAAGCAACUACAUGCGGAGAGAUGGCAAAGGCUUACUUUAUAAUAAUCUACAGCUCAUAAACAAGAUACUACCUCGAUUAAAAGUACACAUAAUUACACGGCACAAGAUGCUUCAGUUUGAUGACCUCUUCAAAAAAGAGACUGGAAAAGACAGGAAGAUUUCUAACACUUGGCUUAGUACUGGAUGGUUUACUAUGUCAAUUGCAUUAGAACUCUGCGGCAGGAUAAAUGUUUACGGAAUGGUUCCACCUGAUUUCUGCAGAGCUCCCAACCAUACAUUGGUACCUUAUCAUUAUUAUGAGCCUAUGGGACCGGAUGAAUGCACAAUGUAUAUCUCACAUGAGCGUGGAAGAAAAGGAAGCCAUCACCGGUUUAUUACAGAGAAGCGUGUCUUUGCUAACUGGGCACGGACCUUUAAUAUUCACUUUUUUCAACCAGACUGGAAACCAGACUCACAUUCUGGAAAGCAUAUGAUCAUAAAACCAACGUUCUGAAGACAUUUACAUCUAGAGGAAAUCACAAGCACUUUGCAGAAGGGAAUGUCUAACACCGCCGGCAAAACAAAAGAAUGAAUCCGUUGAAAAUUGAAAAUGAAAAAAAAAGGCAAAAAUAAACAGUAAUCAUUUUAGAGUACGGAUCAGGGAUAUUUGCAUUGAACUAUCUUCCCACUUAGUUUUCUUUGUGAUGUGCACUCCAUGACUUGUGUGUGUAUGUGAAUUAGGAAACAAAAGCAGUCUGUCCUUGAAUAUUGCACUAGAAAGAGUAAAAGGCUGUUUCCUCUGGGUAACUAAAUCCAGGCAGAGUUCUUUGUAUGAAUUUGCAUUUCUUAAAUGUUUGAACACUUUCAGAUGAGAUGCACACUUCCUAUAUUUCACUGUAUAAUGGUUGUUUUACUGGUUGUAUGUAUUGUACUGAAAUAUAGUUUUUUUUUUAAUUAAAAAGUGUUUUUUAUGAAUA